UGGGCGCAGCGGGCCACGCUUUCCGCUCUUUCUUUACUAAGCUUAGGGGCUGCGCCUUGGGGUUCAGCAACCCGCUUUCUGGCUUAACGCUCCAGUCUCUACCGUCCUGCCUCCGGUUCUGAGCACCAUGGCUCCUCGCAGGAGGAAGCGGAAGGUCGAGGCCGCCCUGGGAGCGAACUCGGAAAAGCGGGAGAAGCUGGCGAACGGCGGGGAGGAAGCGGAAGGCGCGGUCGUUGUCAUUGAGCAUUGCACGAGCUGACGCGUGUACGGGCGCCACGCGGCUGCUGUGAGCCAGGCGCUGCGCGGGGAGGCCCCGGAGCUGGCAGUGAGGGUGAACCCCUCCCGGCCCCGGAGAGGCAGCUUCGAGGUGACGCUGCUGCGGCCGGACGGCACCCGUACCGAGCUCUGGACUGGGAUUAAGAGGGGCCCCCCUCGAAAACUCAAAUUCCCCGACCCUCAAGAAGUAGUGGAAGUGUUGAAGAAGUGCCUUUCUUAGAGGAGUUUGAAGUUCUCACGCUGAGCUUUCAGUCCCUGGUGAUGUUGGAGCAUGUAUGACGGGACAUGACCAAACUUCAGUUAUGUACCUGAAGCCCUAGUUUCUUCCUUUCCAGAAAAGAUGGUUCAGUUGUGAGGCAACUCUCCAGUAAGGCAUUGGAAAGUGUUCACAUCUGGUUUAAUAAAAGUUGAAAUAAAA